AUGCCCACCCGAAGAAGCGCCAGACUCCAAGUUUUGCAGAACCAGGGGCCUAUAAGUGCCGAAAAUGACUCACUUCCUGGCAUGCCGAACAAGACAGCCAAGGACAAAGAAACAGUGAGCGAAUUACAUGAGAAACCUAUCAUCAUUCGUGAUGCGAAAAGACAAGUCGCCAAAGAUGAUAGCAGGCCAAUUGCAAAGAAAGCCAGGUCAGAAGCUAGAGGGCAGAAGACGGAAGGCAUCAAGGAUACGAGAACGCUUGGAAGACUAAGUUGCACAAGCAAGAGUUACUUUGCCAUGGUUACACCUCGACUCUACCAGCGCAUCAAUGUCUCUGUAUCAUAUCACGCUCAUAUUUCCAAGCUCAUCCGAACCCUUGAGCCACUUCUAUCUAUCAAUCAAAGAAAACAACUCAGGAAGGAGGGCCAGUAUCGAGGCCAACAAGAAAGCUUUUCAAACUUGUUUGAUCCUCAGGAGAAGCCUCGUUUAGGGGAGUACAUUCGGCAAGCCACUCUUUUUAUCGGCGACCCAGGGAAAAACCACAAGUUCAUUGUAAAUCGAUAUGUAGAAGAAGCCCUGAAAAACAUGACUAGUCUUGAGAUCGUCGAAACUUCCAGUAUUACAGAAUCGAUCUCCAAGAGUCUAGCAAGCCAAAAGAAUCUCAGGGCAAUAAAUGUAUCGGCUGGUAAUUUGGGAGAAAGCGAAGCCAGACCGCUAGCAAAAAUCAAAGAUCUCAAGCACUUGGGCAUCCAUCUGCUCGGGUUUGCUAACCCCAACUUCCGAAAAGAUAACACUCCUUUAUCCUUGAUUCUCAAUUCACGGUCAACCCUUCGAAGUUUGGUCAUAGAAACCGGCUCAUUCAGUUCUGUGUUCCUGGAUGACUGGCCGAAAAGUCAGAGCCUGACAUCCCUCAAAUCAUUCUCUCUUACUGGAGCCUCUAUUGACGAGGACUUUCUGGGCGCCCUAGCAAGUGCUGUUAACUUUGUUGCGCUAGAAGAAUUGAAGUUUGGCUAUCUUUCCCAUGACCUCAAAAUAUUGUUUGAGUACCUCAGCGAUAUCUUUUCAACGGCCGGAGAUAAUGAAAAGACCAAGAUCAAACUACGCAAUUUGGCGAUUGAAAUGGGACAAGAAACUUCUUUUGCGGCACCAGAAGAGCAAGAAGCGCAUGUUGACGCUAGAAUCGACUUUAUAUCGUCUUUCGACACUUUGACUUGUCUAGAAAUGCAUGACUACGGCCAAUACCGCCAAGAAAUCACAGUCAACCCCGGCCUGAAAGGCUCACUCGUCAGAGCUAUUCUUAAACAUGAGAAAAUUACGAAGCUGAAGAUAUCCUACAGGGGUGUGACGAGUGGCUACAAAAUUACGUGCUUGGAGCCUGACACGGUCUUGACUCUAGUCGAUAAUCUUCCAGAGUUGAAGGAGUUCGAGUUCAUUCCAGAGCCGACCAAACUCGUAAGACAGACAGAAAUCGCUAAAAUGGUUUGCCGCGGUCGCAACUUGGCAACUGUCACUCUUAUCACGGGCGGCUCUUGGUCGAGCCUCGCCGAAAAUCAGGAGAAGGGCAUUGAGUUCCUGCACUCAAUAUUUGAGCAGGUUCUGAAGCGCGAUGCGGACAGCGACGCGGGAGUCUUUAAAUGGGAAGACCAUAGCAAGAUCACACGCGUAGCCGUGGACUGGAUGAUCUGGGAAGUUGGAUCAAAACUUGGAAAGGCCAAGAAGGGAAUGAAAAAGACAAAGAAGAUGACUGUAACAGUUGGCAAGCAGAAGCGUGAGGUUUUGUAUCGAGAAAUCGCCGAUUUUGUCCGCGUUCCUCUUCUAAAUGGACUUGGCAGCAGAUGGGUAGACAAGGUCAAGAACGAUAUCAAAUAA